AUAUUUGUGUUUCAACUAAAUUUGGGUUUCCGCAUAAGAGAUAAGUAGUUAUCAUUCAGUUAAUGAGUUUCCGGAGUGUGGAAACGUUACUAUUUCGUGAAUCUUUGCGAGAAGUGUGACAAAGUGACACGUUUUCUGAGAUAAUUUUGUUCAAAAUUUUGAGAAUUAUUCCGAAACGUGAUAAGUACUUAUCGUACUAAAAUCGUAUAAGGAUCAGUUUCCUGUGUAGGAAAGCCUUAUUAUUUCGGGGUGACGAGGUGUCAGAUUUUUUGAGACAAUUUUCUAUCUUCAAGUUUUGAGAAUUAUUAAGUUUUGAUAAGUAUACUUCUCUAAAAUUGUAUGAGGAAAAGUUUCCUGUGUAUGAAAAGAGAAAAUUUUCUGUCAAGUGUUAAGAAUUACUUCGUAACGUGAUAAGUACUUAUCUAAAAUCGUGCAUGGAUCAGUUUCUUAUGUAUGAAAAGAGACAAUUUUCUAUCAAGUUUUAAGAAUUAUUUCGCAGCGUGCUGAUAAGUACUUAUCCAAAAUCGUACGGAGAUCAGUUCCCUGUGUAGAAAAACAUUAUUUCGUGAGAAUGAAUCUUAGUUGGACGAAUUUUUUGGCAUAAUUUUCUUCCAAAUUUUGAAACCUACUCAAAAUUUUAACUAUUUUUUUCAAAAUGGUGUUCAUAAUGGUCGACAGUGGUCCAACUAACGUCGCGCCGAUUGACGACAUGCUUCAAGCCGCCGCCGCGGCGAGUUCGCUGCCUCCGAGUGACUCGUCCCCGUUAAGUUGCAAGGGUGCCGUGGGGGGAGGGGGAGGGGGGAGGCGAAAACCGUUGCAAAUAUUGACCGGGAUAUUCUCCCGGAAGGGGAAUAAUACCCGGGAAAUGCCGGAUUCCUCGUCCGAAGAGCGGGACAAUUUUUUCCUCCCGGACGACGGGGAUGUCGACAUGUGGGACUCUGGGGGCGAGAUAAUGGAUGACGGGGGGAUAAUCCCGGAACCGAGGGAGGCCCUCCAUUCGCCAUACCAUGCUCGCACGAUUGAUCAAGACAUGCAAAACCUGCGCUUAUCGAGACAAGAUAAUCCUUUUCUGCAGGUUCUCGCGAGUCGGGAAUGUCUCAACGAAAGUGAUGACGGGUCAGAGUACGAGGAGAAGAACUUGAUGUCCAAGGAGAAUUUAAGCUCCCACUCUCGUCCCGGCGAACCCCUCUCGCUGGAAGAGGUGCACGCCCGUCUCGUCCGGUCACCCCCGCCGGUCAUGUGGACACGUGGGGGUCACAAUUCAGAACCAUCCUUCACCCACCUCACGACCACGACGUCGUCCUCACUCGGGGCCGACUUUGUGUUCCAGUUUCCCCCCGCGGGGGCGGAGGGGGCGGCGGAGGUUCUGGCACCACCACCGGACCAAGUCCGACACUCUCUUGUCGCAGCCAGGGCGGCGGCGGGGGGAGUGGGGGUCGCUUUUUGGGCCCAUUUCGCAACAAGGAGAGCACUCUGGACAUUCUCACGGCCAAGUUUAACCUCUCCCCACAACCGAGACGACGUCCCCCCAGUCUCAAGACGGGGGGUGGUCCGACUUUCAUUAAUCAUUCACAUCUGAACCACCACCACCAUCAUUCGGAAAUGUCUUAGCUACAUGUUUUUUGGGGCAUGAGGCAUCUCUUUCUUUUUUAAGUAGUGGAAUAAGAUUAAGGGGAUGAUUUGGUAGCGAAAGAAGUACGUUUUUAAGAAAUUUUCAGCUGUGGGAAUUUAUUUUAAAAUUCUGGACGGCAAAUAUGCAGAGGAGGGAGGUGCAAAUUUUUUAGAAAUAUGCACUACAGAUUUUGACACUUUUUAAUAUCUCAAGGUUAAGAAGCCUUCAGAAAAAUUGGAACUGGUCGAAACUGGAGUAAAAAACUCGGCGGAAUUUCAUUAAUCAACUUACUGACUAGAAAUUAAGAUGACUUAUCACGAAAAUAGUCAAAAUCGCCACAUUUUUAAUCAUUUCUCUCCUCUGGGAAUUUAUUUUAAAAUUCUGGACGACAAAUUUGUCCUCAGUGAGUUGAUUGAUGGAAUGGCGUCGAGUUUUUUCAGCCAGUUUUAACAAGUCUAAAUUUCUCUGAAGGCUCCCUAACCUUGAGAUCUCCUCCGCCAAAAAGUGUCAAAAUCUGGAGUGUAUAUUUCUAAAAAAUUUAUAACUUCCUCCUCUACAAAUUUUUCGGUCAGAACUUUAAAAUAAAUUCCCAGAGCGGAGAAAUUCUUAAAAAUGUGUUGAUUUUUUAACGAUUUCGUCAUCAAAUCCUACCUUUCAAAUUAUUUAUUCUUGCAUUUCAAACCCUAAAAAAAAGACGACAACGCGACGACCUCAUCAUUGUUCAAUUUUCAGCUCAGGUUGUUAAGUUAACCACAAAGAAAAAAACCUAUGCAAAUAACACGACGAAAAAAACAAGGGUACAUUUUUAACACGAUUUACAGCAAAUAUUUAAACUGCUUACUUCAGCAAAUGCCAUCCAUUUCAUUCCUUGGCAGAAAAAAUGGCAUGAUGUACGCAUCAUGGUAUUUAUUUUGCUUACGGCGCAUAUAAUAUUCGUAUACGAAUCGUACCAUCCAGCAGCAGAUUACAUAGAAAAGCACUUGUGUAGGUCGCAGUGGCCGCGGAAGUUGGAGGACAGAGGGACAAUGUCCCCAUACGGUUGUUCGAUCGAUUUCUAGAUCAUCCGCCCAUCUUAUCCAUAUAAAUUCGUCCCUCCUCUAUGUUAAUGUCCCCAGAUGAGGUUCCGCGGCCACUGAUAAGUCCCCACUACGUAAGUACGGUGGAUUGAAUUCGAAUAGGGACGAGAAGGAAAGAGCAAGGACAGCAAAACAGGAUGCAAAAAACAAAUCUGCUUUGAACUCCGUCCGUUCAUGUGCAAAGUUAAAAAAUCAUGAAGGUUUCUCGAUAUCAGAGAUGGAUAGAUGCACACAUGUAAUCAGUGGCCGCGGAAGGAAGGGUGAGGGGGCAGAGGGACAAUGUCCCCACGGUUUUUCGAUGUCGACAUCAUCUCCCCAUCUUAUACAAACCCGUCCCUCCCCUAUCCUAGUACAAUCUUAAUGUCCCCACAGCUUCCGCGGCCACUGAUCUUGUCACCACGACGGGGGUUUUAUUAUCUGGAGGCAAUCUGACCUUAUUUUUUCUGUCACGAACAGAAAGACAGACAGGUAGACACCUGGCCUGGUGGGGUAGGUUGAGAUUUUGAGACAAAAAUACCUACAAACUAAUAAGGGUGAGUGGUACUCAAGAAUGUUCGGAAAUCUGAAAUAGACGCCUCAAACUAUUAAUCCAUUAAAUGUAUUUCGAUUCUCACGUGCCAUGCCAGAAAGAUAAGGAGAUACAUAUGUGUAAGUAUGGGGAGAAAGUCGUCUCAAUUUCCCCACUUUUACAUACAACUUCCUGCAGUAUUUCCAAUUACAAAACCUGAUUAUUGACACAUGAAAUGAAUCGAUGAAACCAAGUCGUAUUUAUUAUUUAUCAGAUACAUACAUAGCUCAUUGUUCCGAUAAUUAAUUAAUUAAUUAAUUAAUUUCCUUCCUGCCCUUUGCAGUGGUCGUCUCAAUUAAUAAUAAAUAUAAAAAAAAUCAAUUGUCAAGUAUUGACAAAGGUGAUGGUGAAAAAAUUCAAUAUUUCCGAAGGGAACUUAUUGCCCCCCGUGCCCCCUGGACAAAAGUUAAAUAUGUAUAUAAUCAAACCCUUUACUUGAAUUGCACUUUAUGAACUUCACUUUCAUCAGUAUUUCAGUCCAGGAUGUAAAACAAUGCAUGUGUACAGAAAUUAAUAAAAAUGUUGCAUGUAAAAAAAAAACACAUAAAUAUAUAUUUUAGACGUCAUUAUGUCAUAAAAUGACCCACAUUUCACUAAAUAUUUGUCUAUAGUUAAAUACUAAAACAUUUAGAGGGUAACUUAAUAAAACAGAAAUUAGUUUGUAAACUGUGAGCCAAGAAAGAAACAUACCAUUAAAAUUAUUAUAUAGUUUAAUUCAAAGGAAGAAACGAGAAUAAAUAAAAUCCGGUAUGGAUGGAUGGAAAAUAAA